CUGACAUAAUAUAAUGCACAUCCCUUUCAAUUCUGGCAGAUUAUCAGUCUACACAGAGAAUGUGCUCACGUGAGAUUCGAUUUUUUUGGAAGCUCGAGCAAGUAUGCCAUGAACAUAUUGAUUCGAAUGUUGAUGCAUAAUUCGCAUUUUAAGAAGUCAGCCUACUUUACUUUUUGUUUCACUGCAUCAAAAGACACUACAAAAACGUAGCAGGCUAAAACCGGCUUUUUCUUGAAGAGCAUUGACUGUACGGCUACGCCCUGAAGACUGCAGAAGCACACAGUACAGACUGGUCCUUCUUCUAAUGAGUCAGGACGUAGGCACGAGGAAGUUGACUAGCGUUCAUACUAAAUACGGCAAUAAUAUCUGGCAAUAUCUCACAAUCAAGAGAUGGCAUCAGGUCCCCCACAAACAGAGCUGAGGCUGGUUCUGCUCGGCGGGACAAGAGCAGGACAGAGUGCAGCUGGAAACGCCAUACUGGGCCGCCAGGCUUUCCUUACCCAGACUGCCAGUGAGCCAGCUGUCACUCAAGAAUGUGAGAAGCACAGAGGAACCAUUGCAGGGAGAUGGGUAUCAGUAGUAGUCGCCCAAGACUGGUUCUGCUCAGAGCGCCCCCCGGAGGAGGUGAGGCACCAUGUCUCCUCUUGCGUGGCCCUGUCGGCACCGGGGCCUCAUGCCUUCCUGCUGUGUGUCCCUGUGGACCGGCCGGCUGACAUGGAGCUGCGGGCCCUGGAGGCCCUGGAGAAGGUUUUUGGCCCCACUGCAGUCAGUGGACACACUCUGGUCCUCUUCACCCACACAGACCAGAUGGUUCUGGGACAACAGCUGGACGAGUACAUCGCCACCAGACGCAAAGACCUACUGGAGCUGGUGGUGAUGUGUGGAGACCGCUAUCACUCUCUGGAGAGGAGGAGUAGAGGAGAGAAGGAUGAGAGGAAGAGUGUGGAAGAGCUGCUGGAGAAGGUUGAACAGACUGUAAAAGAGAGCGGGGUGGAGUUCUACAGCUGCCCUCUCUACCAGGAGGCUGAGGCCAGGGUGAGAGAGAAGCAGGCAGAGAUAGUGUGGCAGAGAAGAGGGGAAGAGGAGCUAAAUGAAGAGGUUCCCUCCUCAGCCUCACCUCCAGAGGAAGAGCUAGACGAUGAAGAGAUGGCAAAAGUUAGGGAGGAGGCAGAGAGGAGUGUGCACAACCUGAACAUAGACACCGAGGGUAUUGCCUCUCUUUCUCCUGCCUCAUCCUCUCCCUCAUUUCUCUUGUCCUUGUGGCAGGGAUUGACAGGGUGGCUGAGGAGGCUGCCCAAGAUGCUGAGGAUGGAGUCUCUGCUGGGGGCUUUCGUUGGCCUGUUUGUAGGUGGGCCUGUUGGGCGGAUGCUGGGGGCCACUGUGGGCUCAGUAGCCACUGAAGUGGGGAGAAGGAAGACCCUGAAGACAGAAAAAAACAAAUAAUGGCAAUGGGAUCCAUAUCUCCAGUUAUUAACAUUUCACAAUGUUUCAACUUCAUAUUCAUCAUCUCCAGCACCAACCCAAUAUCAACAUAUGUGUAAGUUGCGUAUUUCUGUUUUGUAGUAAAAAAAUAUUGAGAAAGAUGUUUCCAAUGACCUCAUCAACCAUUUUGUAUUUAAUGCAUACUCACAAUUAGUCAGAAUCAUCUUCCUCUUUAUUUUUUACUUCAAAACAACGCACCAUUUUCACAAAUGUUGAUGUUGGGGUGGUGCUGGAAAUGGUAAAUAAGAAGUAGAACAAUUUUAGUUUCCGUUUGUUAUUUCACUGCACUUAUAUUUUAUUGAGCAUUGUGCAAUUGGCUUGUAUUUGACCAACGUACAGUCCUCACAAUACUUGUUAUAAUAUUUGUUGUUUGGCUGGUCAUAUUUUCACAAAUUAUUAUAGAAGGUAUGGUAGGGUUUACGAAAAACUACAAGUAAAGGGGAAGUUACAUACACGAUCCACUUGGUGGAGACAUUGACCAAAACAUUGAAGUUGAACAUUACAUAUUUGAGCUCAACUGAAAACACAUACCUUACUGCUAACUGAAGGAAAUAUAAUACCAUUUCUAAGGCAGUUUGUUGUGUCCUGUAUAUGUCACACAGUUGAUACUUUUAAAGCAUACAAUUACACAUUUCCCUCACUGAAUUUAGUCAUUUAUUGGGCAACAUUUUCAAGCACUAUAUUUAGGAGUUCAGUAUAGGCUACAUCUCGAAAAUAAGACUUUCACAUGAUGCAUGAUAGAUAACGGAGACCUCCGCUAUAGACGGACCAUCUGCAGCAGUGUGUGUUAGCUGAGGACCAUUGCUGGAGCGUAUAGAGGGCGUUAAUAAUAGUGGUGUGGAGUCCUAAGUGAAAGUGCCUCUGACUUUGGAAAACACUGAAGCACUGCUCUCAAAGCUUCCUCUUUUUUCUUUAUGCAAAACGGUAGGUUACGGGUUUGACAUUGAUGUAAUUGAUACUCUGUUAAAACCAUCAGUCAAACCCAUCUUUACAUCUCUCUCUUUAAGGUUCUCUCCCUCUCUCUCUCUCUCUAAGCUGACAGAGACCCUGCCUGUGGAACAGCUAGGCGUUUCCGAAUGUGGGUGGUCCGCCGGGGGAGGGAGGGAGAGAAUUAGUCCAGCUCUCAUGUUUCCUGAGAAGAGAGGGAGGAAAGGAAUGAGAAAGAGAGAGUGGGGAGAGAGAGCAAGAAAGAGGAGAGAGUGAAUAUGUGUGCGCGAGAGAAAGAGAGAGAACAUGUUCAGGGAUUACAUCUGUCUUCCAGAUGUGGCCUCCACAGUUGUCUGAAACAGGGGAAAAAAGAAAGUUUAAAAGUAAAGGAAAAUUGGUGCUAAACAGUUUUUUAUUGUUAAGGAUUACGCAUACAGUACAGUGCGGACUACAGUAUGGCGGUCGACAGUGAACCAGGGUAUGAUGCCAGUUCAUUCCUUAUGAAACUGCAAUGAAAUGACGUGGUGCACCCAUCCAGUAGACCCCUUUAAAGAUAAUGCAUAUAAAAAAGAACACCUGUCCAAAUAUUGUCCUGUCUUAUUGGAUAAGCAUCAGUGAGAGGACAGUGAGUAAUGAUAGAGGGAGGUAAGAAGAAAGAAUAAGAAGGGAUGAGAAGUAUUUCUAUACUCAGACACUGUGAGUUGAGGCAACCAUGCCGUUAGGCCUAAAUCAGAGGGAGACUGUAUCUCGUCUGUGUAGACAGUUGUGGCCCAGGGUUGGUCCUCAGAGGCUGAAGCCUCAUCAGGACGGCAAAGGAUGCAGAGUUGAUUUGUGCCUGUAUGCAUAACCAAAGCCAAAAAUCUGAAUGAACAGUUCAUGGAAUCACUAGUGACCCAUCAUUAACACAACGGCUGUAACUUAUGAAGCUCUCCCUCUGAGCAAAAAUGUUGUUCUAAGGACCUUGUGGUCCUCCAUUGAAGUGGGGGCAGCUCGCUGUGAGUCGUGGACACCGCAAUAUUUUUUUGUUAUCAUCGCGCAAACCAAAGGAAAAUAAACAGGAUGACACACUUUUUCCUCCACCGCACACAAGGCCUCUCCCUUUGCUAGCUCACACAGCACUCACCGUAAACUGCUCAAAAUAUCAACAGGACAGGACUGAUUACAACCACAGCAUACCCUCUAAUACACAUCAAAUACUGUAUGGUCUCUUUGUGGUUUGUUGAGAAGAACAUCUGAAUAAAAAUACAGCAGGCUACAAAGACAUUGGCUGAAUGAAUCUGGACCAUAUAAAAAGAGACUGUUUUAUCCCUGGAGGUAAUCACAGAGGAAAUAACAAAUACUACACGUGCCAACCAGAAUUAACAAAAAUAAGUUUUGAGAAAGGUAGACAGAAACCUUUGUUAAUAAUGUGGUGAUAUGGUGUGUCUGGAUAUUAGAAAGGCCUUUUGAUGGUGGCUCGCCUACUGGGUGGGUAGCAAGUGAUAUGCCAACUUGGAAAUUCAAGGUUGAUUGUUACUUUGCGUCAUAGAUUUUUUUGCUUUGCAUAUAGCGAGGCAUACUGUAAUAAUUAUAUCACAGCCCAUGCUGUUCCCCUUCCAACAGAGCAAGGCCUAAAAAGUUAGGUCCAGCGGCCUGCCUGCCUGCUCUCCUCUCUCCUCACCAAGUGUUCUCCACGGCACAGGCUCUAAGUCCACUCAUCUUUUUCCUAUUAGUGCUGUUUUCAUGUUCCUCCCUGUAGCGUGAGCGUGUGUGUGUCUGAAAUUGUUUAUGGAGCACUGUGAGGAGCUAACAUUUGCCCUGUCCAUGUGUGGGUUGGUUCGACAACUCAUAAAGCCAAGAUGAAAGCUUCGGCCAAGUUAGCAAAUAAUAAUGCAAGGAAGAUGUAUCCAUUGUAACGGCGCAUUGAAGGGUUUGAAGAUGUUUAUAGCUGGCUGGCAAUAUUAAAGUAGUUGACGUUGAA